AUGGUUAAAAUGAAAAGAUUGCUGGCAGUUACUAGCGCCACGUCAUUGGUUGUGAUCUUGUUCGCUUCGAACGUUCUCGUAACGGCCCAGCUGCAGCAGGAUGAGGCAUACGAGCUGUCUGAUCUGCAGUCGGUGCUGGAAGAUAAGCCCAACGUUGAUAGCACCCUAACGGAUGACUAUGUCAACUGUCCUCCUGAAGAUCCGGUAGGGGGAGAGCAGCUUGAUGUUCAGCCACCGCCAUCACCAACAGUAUCAUCUGAACAACUGAAAAUCACUGCCGCUACCGCUGCUGUUGGGAGUCCAAAGUUCGAAGACUAUGCUCCACCGGUGAAGAAUGAGAAUGGCCGUUGGGUAAGACUACCGGGGAUGCGCCCAAGAGGAGACCCUUUCGAUCAGGUGAAAAUCGUUGAAGAUCAACAAGAUGUUGAGUUGCAAGACGCGACGGAAAAUCUUUCCAUUGGUAACGUUGGACAAGUUUUUGAAGAGGCAACCGAAACACUGGAUGGUUCUGGCGAUGAUGGCAUGCAGCUGGAAGGAUCUCAAGAGCAGGAAACCGUAGAGCGCAUUCAUGUACCAAUCCAGAAGCCCAUGAUGCCAGUAAAUGUUGCGAGUGAGGACCCUUCCGAUGUGGAGAUCGCCCAAGAGAAGGGUUAUCUUAAGCAUCUCGAAGCACAAACCCUGUACGAUCUUGCGGAAGGUGAAACUAAAGCGCAAGGUGUGAAAAAAUUCCUAGAGCAACAUCCGGAAGAAAUUGUGCUGGAAUCGCCCAACUAUCCGAACCCGUACCCGAUCGAGAUUAACGAUCAUCGAAACUUCACCGUCGAUGGUGGACGUGGCGUCCAGAUCACAAUUCACGAUCUAGAUCUCAAUCCAACUACCGACUUCCUGUACAUUCGGGCCGGAAAUCUGGAAGACACCGAAGAGAAGGGUCCGGUACUGACCGGCACGUACACGGAACCGCUACGCUUUUUGAUUCCACAGACGACCACGUUCACCAUCCACUUCGUCGCCCAACAGGACGCGGCCGUGAAGCAGACACAUCGAGGCUUUCAGCUGUCGUACGCUUCCUUCGGGGAACUAAACUCGCCAACGACACCGACCACGACGGAAGUGAUCGUACCGCAGGAGGAGCUCCAGUGGACGACGAAGGAGAUUGUGAUGACGCCGCAAAUGAUGGAACUGCCGAGCACGUGGGACGAGAUUAAGGUAGCGCUAUCAAACGCAAGCAAUCAUUACAUCGAAAGUCACAACUUGACGUACAUGCCUAGUCGGCCGUUCGAUGUGAAGCUGCUAGCGCGGAAGUGUCCCGAUACGUGGCGGAACUACGAGAACUGUGUUACGUUGGAGUUUGCUAUCCCUUUGCGUCCCAUUUUUUACGAGCCGUCAGAUGAUGAUGAUGGAUUAGCAUUCGGUUUUGGUAAUAAAUUCUUGCAGAAGGGUUUCAUCUCAAUCUCGACUACCGAAGCCGACGAACCGCAGUACGAGCUGGAUGUGAAGAAUCUGGAUGUGAUGUGGGAAGAGUUUGGCCAAAUGGAGUUGCAGCGUGCCGGGUACGAUCUGUACAUUAUGCCCGAGAACAGUCGCAUCCUGCUGACGUGGAUAGGGAUAAGUUUGGCGAUCGUGUGUACGUUCCUGUUUGUGCUGUACAUGAUUUGGAAGAUCGACGUCUUUAAGGAUUAUCGCAGGAUUUCACGCUCGAGCCACAACACCAACGUGGACGAUGAUAAAAAUGAGCUGAAAAAGAAGGAGUUUGAUAUCUCCAUGUUCCCAUCGCCUCACCAGGUAGUGCCAACGUUCUUCCCCACCGGUGAUCCAUACGGUGGGCCUGAAUCGGAUGCUCAGUACGCGUACGAUAAUGCAACGAUGAGCCAGUGGCCGGAAGACUUCAACGAUCCGCGCUAUCCCGAAACAUCGUUCAGUACCGACCAUCAUCAGCAGCAGCACGGUAAUCAGCGAACCGGUCCGACGCGUCCCUACGAACCCGUCUCACCGAUGGACUUGUCACCCGCACCGGUCGAUUUUAAUGUAUCGCCCGUCCGUUCCUCGCGUCCUUCAGCUGGGAGCAGAAAUAAUCCAUUUUUAUCACCACCCCGAGUAGGAGGAGGAGGAGUAGGAGGACCUCGAAUGUCCACCGGCAACCAACCACCGCCACCACCACCACCGCCCGGUUUAAGGUAAUAAACUGUGUG